UGCAAUCUGUUGGAGAAGAUCUCGGAGGAUCACGAAGAAUCGACUCCCAAUUACGGAAGAUCACGGAAGAUGUGCAGGAAUAUACCCUGCCAAACAUAGAAGAUACCAAUUAAUGUAAAUUUAUUAUUUUCCUUGUAUAGCUUACCUUAGGCAUAUAUAAUAGUACCUUAUGUAUGACAAUUCAAUAUGAAUGAAUAAGAUCUUUUCCUCUCUACCGAUCUCAAACCUAGUUUGACAUGGCAUCCGAGCAGGUUAGAUGUCGGCUCAGAGAAAUCUCAUCAUAGCCGAAGAAAUACCAAUCCCGACCCUUUCUAGCCAAGAAACCAGAAUAACCAAUCCUACAGAAAAUGUCAGAUACAGUCGAAAACAAAAUUGAUCCAGAACAACCAUCAAGAUUGAAGAAUAGUAAGAAUGUCAUUGUGGCGUUCAAACUCGACGGGAAAAAUUACCCGCUGUGGUCGAGACUUAUGAAAGUCAAGAUAGGCGGCCGAGGUGCAUAUUCGCACAUCCGAAAAGAACCCCCAGAGCCAGGGAGCAAGGGGUACGAUGAUUGGGAGGAGGACGAUUUGGUGGUAUUCUCGUGGAUCGUCGACAACAUUGAAGAUGAAAUUAUCGCCGAUUUCGCUCACCAUCAAACAUCCAAGGCACUGUGGGAUAGUCUCGCCGUGACGUUCGAGAACAAGGCGGACAAAUACCUAAUAUACGACCUGGAGGAGAAAAUUAUAACGAUUAAGCAGGGAAAUAUGGACUUGGAGACGUAUUACCGAAGGAUCCAUGGGUUAUGGAUCAAUGUUGACCGCUGCCAGAAGAAGCCAAUCACAUGUUGUGAUAAGGGGGUCGACCAAUACCGAAUCCACUUGAACGAGAAACGGUUGUUCAAGUUCCUGGCCGGGCUAAACCCAGAGUAUGAUUCGAUCAAGAGGGACAUCCUCAAGGAGGAGCCUUACCCAUCAGUAGAGUCGGCUUAUGGGUGGGUAAAGACGGAGGCGGCUCGACGACAGAUCAUGGCACCGACAUCGUCUUCCCCAAACCCCGAAACCGUCAGCGUGAAUACCGGGGAUACAUCAUCUGGGGAUAGCAUCGGGAGUGGGUUGGCUGCACAAAGCCAACGUCCAGCAUAUCGGAGUGGAGGACCACCGCGCCCCACCGCUACCGGCCGACCGGGAAACCGACCAGACAAAUCAGGGCUGUGGUGCACUCACUGCCAGAAACCCAAACACACGUAUGAGACGUGUUUUAAACGGCUAGGUUACCCCGAAUGGUGGGAGGAGAGGCAGAAGAUAAGGGCGGUGAAAAUCGCGGUCGGAAUCGCCGAAGACGAUCAACCCCGAAAUCAGAACGGAGGGCGUGGGGGAACAACCCAGAAUGGACCCACGGUGAGCACAGAGGUCUCAACCGGCGGCGGCGGCAGCAUCAGGGGGGGCCGGAAAUUUUGCUGGAAGAGAGGGGACGGCGCCGGACAAAUGAGGAUAUUCAGACGAAGAGGAUACUUGGGCAUGUCACUGAGCACUGUGGACUCUACUACGUGGACGAGAUAGCUCAACAUGGUAGUGCAAUGCUGGCUCACGGAUCCACGAGACAAGAAAUUUGGCUGUGGCACCGAAGACUAGGACAUCCUUCCCCUGGUUAUUUUAAAUUACUUUUUCCAAACCUUUCUAUUCCUGCGGAUUUUUUUUGUGAGACUUGUGUUUUGGCAAAAAGCCAUCGACAAUCGUUUAAACCUCAAACACUCGUAUGCAAUCUAUG